CUGAUUGGUUAGUAUAUUUAGAAAGCGAUAUACGUUGUAUGCUUUGUGGUAAAGGUUUAGGCUGAAUUUUAGUUUCUAAACAGACGUAAAUAAUGGCCGACACAGAAGCAGAAAAUGAAAUCCUGGAUUAUGAAGAGGAGGAGAAUGAAGCUGCACCAGAGGUGGCUGUUGGUGAUGCAGUUGCCAAGAAGGACGUAAAGGGAACCUAUGUAUCUAUCCACAGCUCAGGCUUCAGAGAUUUUCUGCUCAAGCCUGAAUUGCUGAGAGCUAUUGUUGACUGUGGUUUUGAACAUCCAUCUGAAGUUCAGCAUGAGUGCAUCCCUCAGGCAAUCUUGUCCAUGGAUGUGUUGUGUCAAGCCAAAUCUGGAAUGGGAAAGACUGCCGUCUUUGUACUUGCUACACUUCAACAACUGGAACCAGUCGAUGGACAGGUGUCUGUCCUUGUUCUGGCUCACACUCGAGAGCUUGCGUUCCAGAUCAGUAAAGAAUACGAGCGAUUCAGCAAAUACACAAGCAACAUCAAGAUUGCUGUCUUUUUCGGAGGGAUGGCCAUCAAGAAAGACGAGGAGGUGCUCAAGAAGAAUUGUCCCCACAUCGUGGUGGGCACGCCAGGCCGCAUCCUCGCACUCUCCCGCCAGAAGACGCUCAGCCUGAAACACAUCAAGCACUUCAUCCUGGAUGAGUGUGACAAGAUGCUCGCAGAACUAGAUAUGAGGAGAGAUGUUCAAGAAAUCUUCCGUUUGACACCACACGAGAAACAAGUGAUGAUGUUCAGUGCGACUCUGGGAAAAGAUAUCCGACCGAUCUGCAAGAAGUUUAUGCAAGAUCCGAUGGAAGUGUACGUGGACGACGACUCGAAGCUGACGUUACAUGGCCUACAGCAGCACUACGUCAAACUUAAGGACAACGAGAAGAACCGCAAACUCUUUGAGCUGCUCGACGUCCUCGAGUUCAAUCAGGUGAUCAUCUUCGUGAAGAGUGUUCAGCGCUGUAUGGCCUUGGCCCAGUUGCUACAAGAACAAAAUUUCCCUGCUAUUGCAAUACACAGAGCCAUGACCCAGGAGGAACGAUUGUCUCGCUACCAGCAGUUCAAGGAUUUCCAGAAGCGUAUUUUGGUUGCUACAAACCUGUUUGGUCGUGGUAUGGACAUCGAGAGGGUGAACAUUGUCUUCAACUACGACAUGCCAGAAGAUUCCGACACCUACCUGCACAGAGUUGCUAGAGCAGGCCGUUUUGGAACCAAGGGUUUAGCAAUUACAUUUGUGUCUGAUGAAAGUGAUGCGAAAAUCCUCAACGAUGUACAGGAGCGCUUUGAAGUGAACAUCACCGAGUUACCCGAUGAAAUUGAUAUUUCCUCCUACAUUGAAGGACGCUAAACAAGUGUUGAUCAAGAAGAUAGACUGUGCGAGAGAGAGAGAGAGAGAGAGAGAGAAUGAAAGCCGUGUUUUAUCCAUUGUUUUAUGCCAUCAUAUGUGAUCAAACUUUGACAUUCAUCAACGUGUGACUUUUUUAUGAUGGUAUUUCGUUAUGACCAGUCUGUGCAAAGUACCCGAUUGCUAUAGUUCACAUAGUGAACUAGCGAAGAUUUCAUUGGACAAACAUGAAGUGACACGUUUUAACAAGGCUUAUGAAGAAAAUGUUAGUUUAGUUUGAUGCAUUCUCUGUAGAAAUAUAUGCACUGUACAUUUACCAAGUGUGUUGCUGAUCAUUUGCAUUUAGGAUUGCUACGAUUUUAAGAUAUUUACAAAUGAAGAUGUUGAGUUCAUAAGUAAUUUCCAAAGAGACUGGUUACGAUGUGGGGUCAUCAUUGUUUAUGACUUGCUGUAGCUUGCAGCUCCAUUACCGGAAAUUGUUACUAAAAGAAAAACUACUAAUGGAUCUGGGAAAACCUGCAAUUUGAUAUUGGACAGGUAUAUUUACUAUUAAACAAGGCUUGAAAAUUUAUUAUCCUGCAACCACUAUAUUGAUUGAUGGCAGUGAUGUAUCCUGCUAGUGGUUGGUUAUUUCUUGUCACGUGACUUGGCUGUAUCGUUUGCAUUAUUGAUUUCAAUAAAAUUAGUUUUGUGGUAAAUACGAAAAAAGAAAAUGUCUAUUUUUGGAUGUGACAAAUAUAAUGUUUUUCAAAAAUUAUAAACUUUUAUUUCUUAUUGCAAAAUUUAAUAAUGUAAAUUUUUGGUUUUAUUCUACUCUGGAUGAAUGAUGAAUUUUGUUUGUUUAUACAUCAUUAUCCUGUUAUUAUGUUUGACUUGUUACCAUAGACAAGACCAGAACACCACACAAUCAGGUUGUAGGUUUAGCCAAAUAAUUGAUUUACUUUUGAUUAGUGUAAAAAGGAAUAAUGUGCUAGUAUAUGAUCAGCAUUCAAAGUGAAGAGAAAGUAAAGUCGAGAAACACAAACUAUAAUUAUCAUCCUCUUGGUGACACGACCAUAAUUUGUCAUUUUUACCGCGAGUCAUUUUGAAUAUAUUUUGUUUUCUUGUUGGAAAUGACCCAACUAUGGAACUUAAUAAAAUAUUUAUUUCAUCA